UUGAGACACGAGCGAGCUCAAUAAACAAUGCUAAGGAGGCCUUGAACCAAACAAAAGUUAUCCACGCAAAUAGAAUAUUUUAUGACGGUUAUUAUUAUACUACAAUCGAAAAAAGACUGUGAUGGGGGCUCUUAAAGAGGCGGACCCCAACUCUGAGUUCUUAAGAUGAGACGUCAGUUCUUCGGUUGAGACAUUCGCGCUGUGCCAAUAGUAUCACAAGACUGGCUGAACAUCAAACUGAAGCAUCCAUACGUUUAUCAACGUUAUCUCUAUUGUUUUGUUUAGACCGAGGAUGGCUGACACCGCGGACCGGCUCAGCAGCGCAUCUGCUAGAGGAGAACUCGCAGUUGUGGUGUUCUUAUUACAAAACGGAGCAAAUGCUAAUGCAGUGAAUGCUUUCGGCAGGACAGCAUUGCAGGUGACGAAGCUUGGAAACCCCGGCAUCGCAGAGGCGCUGCUAAAGGCCAGCGCAGAUCCCAACGCGCGAGACACUAUAAAGGGUCUCACAGUCACACACGACGCCGCGAGGGAAGGUCACGCGGACACACUGAGAAUUCUGACUGACUAUGGCGCAGACGUCAACCUGCUUGAUCACGACGGUAACCUGCCGUUACACCUGGCCGCUCGAGAAGGCCAUUUGGAUGCUGUGAAGCAUCUUAUUGAGCGCACGACGGACGUCUCUCGGCGCAACCUCCAAGGCCAUUCAGCCUAUGACUUGGCCGCCAUGAACCACAGAGAUUUCACGGCACAGUACAUAAAGGAGUACAUGGACCUAGGACUUUAAACGUUUUUAUUCGUUUGCUCUUAUAUUGAUUAUCCCAGUGAAUAUAAAAAUAGCGUAAAUGUAGCCUAUAAUUUUGAGCCAACGCUCACAGAGCAGCAGACGAGAAAAGGGAGGAAUAGCAAAUGAAUGUAAAGCCUGAACAGAUAAUAUAUAGGCCUACCUCAAUAUGGUAGAUUUAUUAAUACACACUUUAUACUAGCCUCUAAAAUUGAAUCAGAGACGGGGUAGUUUACACUUCCUUUUUAAAUUAUUAAGGCCUGAAUGAAGGCCUCAUCUUGCUUGACUACAAUUAUCUCAAAUGUUGGAAUGACAUUUGAUAGGCCACACGAUGAACAUGUUAACAUCAUUUUAAGACAUUUGAACAAUUUGGCACACACUCCUAUAUACGCGUAUACUCGAGCUCUAUUUAUUUGCCAUACCUGACAGCUGUUCGUUUUCUUUUAUACUGCACCGAUGUGGAGAUGCACUUUCUACACGAGAAACAUUUAUUAACGAGUUGCGUAAUGCAUUUUUUUCUGUUCACAUUUUUACCAAAGGUAGUAACGUAUAUUUCUAACUGCGUUCAUCAGUGGUGUAGCUACUAGCAUGCUUGACCUUUACAAAUAGCGUACACACAAACAUUUCAUACUAACUGACGCUUUUUGAAUUCAGGCUAUUGAUGACCGUAUUGUCUAUAUGCACUCGUUGUGAAUAAAUACAUUAAUGAUGAAUAUGCAAUACAGCAGCCA